GUUGACUUCUAUGGCGGCACCAGAUUCAGUCAUAAUUUCAUUGCAAUUUGUGAAUGUCUGGCUGUGGGUUGGAUUUUUGGUGCUGACCAAUUUUCUAACUUCAUUGAGGAUGUGGCAGGACAGAGACCAUCUGUUUUAUUCAAACUGUGCUGGAAAUACGUCAUCCCUCUGCUGUCACUGAUUUCCUUCAUCCUGUACCUGGUUGAUUACAAACAUCUCAGGAUUAAUGACUGGUACGUUUACCCUGACUGGGCGUACACACUGGGAUGGACUAUGAUAUUCUCCUCUAUUGUCAUGGUGCCACUGUGUGCCGCUGUACAGAUGAUUUUGACAGCAGGGACCUUCAGACAGCGUUUGUCUGUCCUUUGUCGUCCUGGUGGAGAUCCAGCCUGGCAGAGAAGAACAAUGGAAGAGGAGGGAACGACUGUUGAACUGACGAACCCUGCAGUGACAACUUAGUGACCUGCAAAGUCUGAUUAAUGAAACAUUUCAGCUAUCAUCAAGCGAUUUAAAUGACAAAGCUGAAACAGUGAUGAAUCAACAAAAUGAAUUUGUGACUUUUCUGUAUUGUUUUAAUUUAACCUGUAACUGUUGAUCAAAUAAAACAAAACAAAAGGUCACCUUGACCUUUGUUAGAUAAAUCUGGUCCCAGGUGCUGUGUCUCUUACUAGCCCAGGUGAGUAGGCUGCCAGCCUGCUGACAUUGGGUAUUA